CUUUCUUUCUCAUUCUUUGUCAAUAAGGGUAAUAUUUUCMUCUUUUGUGAAUUUUGUAGGCGUACUCGAUAUGACACAUGCAAGAACUAGGUACAGAAAUAGUGUGCCUAAGUAUGAAGUACAAACAACCAACAUCACGACCAACUCGGUGUCCAGUUUUCUUGUGAUAGUUCUUGUAUUUUUCCUGUUGGCUUUCUGGAUCAAAUAUGUCAAGAAUUCCAACAGAAUUGCAAAUUUGAAAGAAAACAGAAAAAGAAAACGUCGUCAAAAUAAAAGGCGCCGAAGAAACAACAAUAAUGAACUGAAUAGCCAAACCCAAGUAGACGUUACUGAAGAAGUGAAGAAAAAUGAAAUUCACAUUGAAACGAGAGCUGAAAAUUUUGUGCAAGUACUUAAAAAUGUAUCCGACAUGGAAAGGACUUUACCAUCAUGCGAUCAACAAGAAAAAGAUUUUCUCGACAGGAAAACCGUCAAUGCGCAUGAUUGUAAACCUGAGGACCCAGUGCUAAAAGCUGAAGAUGGUUUCAAGACGGAUUGUGAGAUCAGCCAUGGUAAACUAGAGUUGACAAAAAAAGUAUUCAGGAAGUGGGAGCAUCCCGAUCUUGAUAAAAUCAACGAUGAGCUGGAGGCGACUUUUGCACAACAAACCGGAGGCUUUUCUCCAGAAGAAAUGUUCGCCAGAAAUCCAACGAUCAAGAGUGAUUUCAAGAGUGAUAUGUCUCAGUAUACGACAAAACUUGAGGUGAACAAGCUGGCCAGCGAACAAAUUAGUUUUGCCGAAGCAAAGGCGAAGGAAAUAAUGAAGGAAAACGUGACCAAACCGGUGGAAUCUGAAAAAACAGCUGAGGGUUUCAGGACAGACAGUGAGAUCAGGCAUGGCAAACUUAAGUCGACAAGAAAACAACUGAAGAUGUGGGAACAUCCCGAACUYCACCAAAUCGACGAUGAAUUGGAGAGCAAUUCGUCGACAGGUUUCACUCCAGAGGAAAUGCUCGCCCGGAAUACUACAAUCAAAACUGAUUUCAASAGUGAUAUGUCUCAGUAUACAACCAAACUGGACAUGAGCAAGAUAAGCGAACAACAAGUUGCUUUUGCCGAGGCGAAGGCGAGUGAAAUCAUGAAGGAGAAUACAACGAAUUCCACGAAAACAGUAAAACCUGCAUACUUAGCAAGUUUCAAGACAGAUAGUGAGAUCAGUCAUGGCAAAGUAAGGUCGGCAAAAAAAGUAUUUAAGAAGUGGGAGCAUCCCAAUCUCGAUCAAUUCGACGAUGAGUUGGAGAAAUCGUCUUCCAAGGCUGUUUUUACACCAGAGGAAAUGUUYGCGAGAAAUCCUACGAUCAAGACUGAUUUGAAAAUCGAUAUGUCUCAAUACACGACAAAACUCGACAUGACGAAGCUGAGCAAACAGCAAGUUGUUUUUGCUGAGGCGAUGGCGAAUGAAAUCAUGAAGGAAAGGAUAAAGACGUCGAAAACCUUAAAGCCAGAUGAAAAGUGUUUCAAGACGGAUUGUGAGAUCAGCUGUGGUAAACUCGAUUCAAAAAGAAAAAAGUUAGAGGUUAGCUGUGCUAGAUCCUAA